AUGAACGACAAAGCGGAAUUCUGCCAGUACGUGCAGGAGGUGCGUCGUCUGAUGAACAAUCAGGCCCCACGUACGCUCACUAAUUACCAGGAAGGACACCUUGCCGAGCAUUUGUCGCAACAUAUGAGCGGGAUUGCGUUGAAGCAGCUGAUGCGGGAACACGCGGAAGAAACGAAUGCGCGGCACCACACUCAAACUGGUGCAUCUACAGGGGAGAACGACUGGUUUGAGGCAGCCAACACGCUGGCUUCACCGUCUGUUCCGGGGUUUGUGAAGGAUGAAGUGCUGCGGGAGAUGCGUGAGGACCGAAAGCAGACAAGUGCCGCGUUUGAGGAAUCUAAGGAGGUGCAGGCGAUGGCGGAAAAGGGUGAGACAUUGGCACAACACUUGCGACGACAACGUCAGCGCCUACUCCGCUCUGAUGACAAUUUGGAUUGA